UGCUGGGUAGUGGUGGGAACAGGGGAAAGCAGAGGAUGGCAUGGAGUUCGUCACAACCCACGGCAUCGGCUCGGGGCUGCGUUGCUCAGCAAUCGCGGGCGGCGGCUAACGGGAGGUGGGGGGAGAAGCAUCUCGGAACGGCCAGAUUCCGCAUAGUAUAUAUCGGAUCGAUCGAGGCAGCUGAAGAAGAGAGAGCGCCGCGCCGAGGGUAGGGUUCGGAUUCUAUCGCCAUGGGCAGCAUCCGCCUCUCCGCCUGGACGGCCGCGUCCUCAAGCCCCGCCGCACGAGGCUUCCCGCCGUCGGACUGGCGCGGACGGGUGCGCGGGCGCCGCCGCCGCGCCCACUGCGCCCCGCCGUCGGCGCCACCGCCGCCGUCUCUGGGCGCGAGCAGCCGCCUCCGGGUCGGGACGCAGCACGAGUUGCUCUGGGAUUGCCGCGGCGGCGGACUCGGAGGAGGGGGCCGAAGGGAUUACGCCAAGGAGAUGGAGGCCGCGGUGCGUGUCGUGCAGGUGGCCUGCACGCUGUGCCAGCGCGUGCAGGACUCGCUCCUCCUCGCCAACCCCGCCGGCUCCGGUUCCAACUCCGGCGGCGUGCACUCCAAGCUCGACCGCUCUCCGGUCACCGUCGCCGAUUGGGGCGUGCAAGCGAUAGUAAGCUGGUUACUCUCAGAUUUCUUUCGUGAUGAAAGUGUGUCGAUUGUAGCAGAGGAAGAUGAUCAGACGCUAUCUAGCAGCGAUGGCACGGCUUUGCUUGAGUCUGUUGUCGCGGCUGUCAAUGGUUGCCUGGUUGAAGCUCCAAAGUAUGGGCUGAGAUCCCCAGAGAAAGACCUCAGAGCUUCUGAUGUUCUUCAAGCUAUACGAAAGUGUAGCUCUGCCGGAGGUCCGAAAGGAAGAUUUUGGGUGCUUGAUCCUGUGGAUGGCACACUUGGUUUUGUGCGUGGGGACCAAUAUGCUAUUGCUCUUGCCUUAAUUGAAGACGGAGAAGUCGUGCUUGGUGUUCUUGGAUGCCCAAAUUAUCCAAUGAAGAAGGAAUGGCUCAACUAUCACCAACGAUACUACAGGUUGAUGUCUAAGGUUGCUCCCCCUGCAUCAGGAUCCUGGAACAAGGGUUGUGUGAUGUAUGCUCACAAAGGAUGUGGUCAAGCUUGGAUGCAACCAUUGGUUCAUGACUUUGGUAUGCUUAACUGGCAUAACUCAAGGGAGAUUCAAGUAUCAUCCGUCAGUGAUCCAGUUUCAGCCACAUUCUGCGAACCUGUUGAAAAAGCCAACUCAAGCCAUUCCUUCACUGCAGGACUUGCUCAUAGUGUAGGCUUAAGAAAGCAACCUCUGCGUGUGUACAGCAUGGUGAAAUAUGCUGCAAUAGCUCGAGGUGAUGCAGAAAUCUUCAUGAAAUUCGCUAGAGCUGGAUACAAGGAGAAGAUAUGGGAUCAUGCUGCAGGGGUAGUCAUCAUUCAAGAGGCUGGUGGAGUGAUCACGGAUGCUGGAGGUUGCCCGUUGGACUUCUCCAGGGGCGUUUACUUGGAGGGUUUGGAUAGAGGCAUAAUAGCUUGCUCUGGAGCAUUGCUUCAUCAUAGAAUUUUAGAAGCUGUUGAUGCAAGUUGGAACUCCUCAACAUUGUGAUGCAAGCAACACAGACCCUUACAGUCAGAUAGCCUGAUGUUGGUCGUAGCAUGCAAGAGUAACUCAACUCCUUUUGGAUGGCAGAAUUAGUCGUAUUAGUUUCACCCCCAAAGUAGUGCAGCAUGUAGCGUGAUAGCUUGUCUGCUCAUAAACAAGUUGCGGCAUGUGAUCCAAGAAAGCUGGCAUUUGCAUCUGUACAGAUGUAUACUAGCUAGGUUGAUGGGUUUUAUCGUUCCAUUUUUCAUCGGGGUGACAGCAUCCAUUAGAUCAGUCAGCAAGUGCUCAGCACCAUUCGUUGAGCCUGACAAUAUUGUCUGAACCCUUGACCAAUGGACUAAAUGAUCGCUGAUGUACUGUCUGCAAGUUCUUGCCUCUAUACUGUGCCUACAGUUCUUCUCAUUGUCUA